AUGGCUUCUCCUAUGAUACUUGUGUUCUGUACUCCUGAUGUGAAAAUGCCUUCCAGAACAAAUAGAACAGUAUUACCAAGGUCACCAGAGACAAAUGAACUGCCUCCUCCCAGCCAUACAGCAACACCACUGUUUCCAGAUUUUGAAACAAGAUGGCUAAAAAUGGAAGCUAAGGUACAGGGGGAAAAGAUUGAGUCGGUGACAAAGAAUGAUGCAACAGAUAAACAAUACGUUGAAGACAGCAUUCCUUUUGCUGUGAGCUCUGAUGAGUAUCUUAAACAUUUUGGAGACCCUUCUCCUCCCAAGAUAAAACACUAUGACCAGUUACUCGAUACUCCUCCACCCCCAGAAAUAACAAGGAUACCAGAUGAUGUUCUACAGUUUUUGUCCAAGUAUAAUCAUAAAGUAGACUCUUCUAAAGCCAAGGAAAUGGAGACCAAGGCAGGAAAUACUACAAGAUACGAAAGUGAUUUCACUGAUUAUUGCAACAAAGAGAACAGGUAUGAUUAA